GCGCGCGGCUAGUAAUGCCUGGAUUAUUGAUAAUCACUCAAAGGAAACAUGGCUCCUCUCGAAGGAACAGGUUGCAAUGCAUACCACAACAAUAGUUAGUCAGUAACGUAAAGAGUUCAGUUCGUGCAUAUUCUCCUGGCUUCCCCGAUUUUUUGCGCUUUAGUUUAGAAGGGUGCGGGAGUGACAGGUUCGUUACGGCUCUGCCGGGUCUUUGUGAGUGUUAGUUAUCCGUCCGUCGCGUUGACGUUGUUGUCGUGGAGAGACGGCAGGACGAUGACCGCCAGCACGAGCGGCACUGGCCCCGCGCUCCUGGCUAAAGGCCUGGACAUCAGCCUGGCCGCUUUGCAGAGACAAGACCCCUACAUCAACAACAUCGUAGACGUGGCCAGUCAGGUGGCGCUCUACACCUUCAGUAAUAAAGCAAAUGAGUGGGAGAAGACAGAUGUGGAAGGAACCCUCUUUGUGUACACCAGACUGGCCUCACCCAGACAUGGUUUUACCAUUAUGAAUCGUCUGAGCAUGGACAACCAAACAGAACCAAUCACGAAGGAACUAGAUUUUCAGCUGCAAGACCCCUUUCUGCUCUACAGGAAUGCCCGAUUGUCUAUCUACGGAAUCUGGUUCUAUGACAAGGAGGACUGCCAGCGCAUAGCAGAGCUCAUGAAGAAUCUGACGAGGCAGGAACAGCACCUCGCCCAGCAGGGUGGACAAACACCUCCAGGAGCUGUUCCAGCCAGCGAUGGCAAAGCAGUCGAUAUUCUACAGAUGCUGACUAAAGCCCGUGAUGAGUAUGACAAGGCUAAGCCUGGCUCAGAGCCAAAGGAAAUAGCCAGUGGGAGUAUGAUCCAUGACAACCCUAACCUGAUCAAGCCCAUCCCUGUCAAACCCCUGGAAAGGCAAGCACCUGUUCACCAGCAGCCCCAUCAGGACAGUGACAUGAAGCCCAAGCAGCUCUCCUUAGCAGCUCUUUUUGGUAGCCAGUCUGGAUCGGAUCUCCUUUCCUCUCAGACAGGUUUGGGAGUCAAAGGGAGUGGAGGACGACCUUCAGUGGCCCGCUCCCUGUCAUAUGAGGAGUCUGCCCAGCAGGGCGGGAUGAACCCAGCACCUGCUGCCCUCCCAGAGCCUUGCUUGGCAAUCCAGAAGCUGAUGGUGGCCCCUCCUGGGCGGGUUGGGGGAGACUUGCUACAGCCUGUGUCUGAGUCUCCCGAGAACCGCCUGAGUGAGAAUGACGGGGCACCACAGGCCCACCAGUGUCAUAGCAGAAACCCGCUCCAGAGACUAUUCCCAGACUCCACCACCACCUGUUGUUCCCAUCCUGUAACACUUCCUGUACCUGGACCCACCCCUGCUACUUCUCAGCCUCCUCCUCUCCUGCCCAGCCUCCGGCCAGCCCAGCCUGACCUAACCCAGUCUGACCUGGCACAGCCAGUGUUCUUCAGUCCUGGCAAGCCGUCCCAGGUUUCCCCCCAAGAGCUUCUCCAGCGGCUGCAGUUGGUGCAGCAGGAGCAGAACCUGAGUACAGACCCCCCUCGGCCUGCUCUUGCACCACGCUUCCAGGAGCUACCCACCUGGCCUGACAAGGCUCCCACCUCUGGACUUCACAGAUCAAACUUGCUGUUUCAGGUGAUCUCCCCCCAGCGCAUUCCUGCCACUGUUGCUCCUAGCCUGCUGCUCUCACCCAUGGUAUUCACGCAGACCAAGUCAACCAAGGGGGGGCCAGAAACAUGCUUCCCUUCAGCUUCCUUACUCACUCCAAGGGUCACAGAAGAGCAGAGGGUUCUAACCAGAAGCCAGCUCCAGGCCACGCUCCUGCAUCUCAUACAGAAUGAUGCUGCCUUCCUGGAUACCAUCUACGAAGCGUACGUGUCCUCCAUCACCAAAGACAGCACAGCAAAAAACUUCUAAAUCUGGGGAAUGGAAGAACAGACACGAGUACAAUCAUUUUUAAAUCAGUUUACUCUCUUAUCUUAGAAAAAGCUUUUUCAUGUGUAUCCGUACGCACGUGGACUAUUGUACCUUUGUAUUUUAGAGCGGGGUUUUAUAAGUUUUUUUUUUUUUUUUUUUUUUUUUUUUUUAAACGGAUGAUGGUUUUUACUGAAAGAAUAAAUGAAAAUGCAGUUCCCAAGAUUAAUAAUCCAUAAUCAUAAAACUGGCAAGUGUAGCCAACAGUCGCAUUUAAACAAAUGAUGGCAAGGCUCAAAUUUUCACUGAUGCCUUGUAGAAUAUUUUCCAUUUGGUUCACUUUUCAAAUUUUAACAAGACCAGUAUGAUUUAGAGCAUGGCUACUAUUUUUCACCACACACUUGUAUUUUGGUCACCUCUCUAAUUAUACUCCAGCUUUAGGGAUCCAUUAUGGAUCUUCCAUGAUGUUUAGGACAGUUUGUAUUAAUAAUCGUAUCAACUAAAAUUUCCUUUUGUGUCACCUACAGUAAGAGAAUAACCACUGCUGCCCUUCAAAAACUGGCUGUUGUGUUGAACUUGGUUCUCUGUAUUAAUAGGCAAUUAAUAUUAUAAGGCAACGUUAUGGAAUUUUACAAUUCAGAUCACAUCUUUAAGGUCUGAUUCUUAACUGUCCCUUUGACUACAUGUCAAAAUAUGACACAGUGGUAGGCAGGUUCAUGGUUUGAAAUUGAUUCUGCCCUUGUGGAGAUGUACCAUGGCAAGUGCUCCUGUUUCCAGUCUCACAAGUAUAGCAGAAAGUGGAUGCCUUUGCUAUGGAAAACACUGAGCCUAUAGAAACAUGGGUUUGUGUACAGUGCACGCUAUCUUAGAAACAAAACCACUCUUUGCUGGCUACUGGCUGCUCUCUGUGCAAUUCCAUUUCCACAUAUUUUUCCAUCUGACAAAUUAAUGAUUAAGAAAAUAUAUUUUAAAAGAAUGAAUGAAAUAGAGAACAUAUUUUUGUACUGUGCUGUUUGGUUGCAAUGUGUUGUACAGGAAACCAGAAAUCCAGCAUGGUCUCUCACUCUAACUUCUUAGUUAUAUCUUAUGUCCAUUUUGUAUCUCUUGUAAGGAGUAGAACAUUAAAAUUGAA